AUGCUUGGUAAUAAAAAAUUUGACGUGGACCGCAAUGAGAACAUAAUUGUCGAUGGUGUGCGAUAUGCUGACACACCCGGUCUUUACGAGUUGAUUUUUAAGAGAAUUCCCGUUGAUCUUAUUUAUACGGAAAACGAUUUGCAAAAGUACAAGAGCAUAUUGUUAACUACAAGCGCACAUAGAAAAAAUUACACCGCGAAGAAGCAAUUACGGGGCAACAGAGGAUACAAGUGCAGACACGUGAUCGCACCAUUGAUGUCGUUUUUAUUCAGUCACUUACCGGAUUCUCCUAAUUCAUUGAUUAAUUAUCGGUUAGUGGGCAAAAUUCACAUCCCACGGAAAUCGCGACCCCAUCGCCAUCGCCCGAAUCGUCUCCGGGAAUACUUCGGGAGGCAAGUCGUUAUCCUCGAGUGCCUCUGGGCAAUCCUAAGGAUAAGGGAACGGGAGAAUUUGCGCCAGGAACCGGCUCCUGGAUGGGCACCAUCUUUGGAGAUACCUCCGCUUAUCCCAGAGGAACGCGACCCACCUUCCCCUUCCUCAUCUUCUCCGUCCCCUGCUCCCUCUAUCUCCUCUCUACUUACAUAUAGGAUCGCUCCAGAUACCCCUUCGUACUCGCCUAUCCUCGAAGAUUCCGUUGAUCUCCCUUCCCCCUCGUACUCGCCUGUUCCCGAAGACCCCGUUGAUUUUCCCUCCCCCUCGUAUUCGCCUGUCCCAGUUGAUCUCUCUAAUCCUUCUUCUCCCUUGAGUCCUGCGCCUAGCGUGGAAUUCAUAGAGGAAAUUCCCCCUCCUCCCUCACCAGUGAAUUCCACGUCCAGCGUGGAAUUCCUAGAAGAAGUAAUUCUCCUUUCCGACCACGAUCCUGAAGAUCCACCUACCACCGAAUCCACGUUAUUUUAUAAUUAUUACCACUCCUAAAUAGUAAAUUAACAAAUGCGUCAAUUCCAUCUUCUCCUACACAAAUGUAAUAGAAUUAAGUUUUUUAUUUUUUUAUUUUAUACUAUAAC